ACAGCCGUGAGCUCCUGCAGCGCUGCGUGAGGAGAAAGCUCAUCACUGCACUCUGUGACGGACAAGAUGGAAAAUAAGGUAGAACAUGUCAGAUAAACACAGUCCUCAUCUGUUCCAGCCUGCCUCUCAGGGUGGAGUAUUUAACACAGAUAUGCUCCAUUAGCCACAGUCACCUGUGUCAUUAUGGAGAUCGCCACAAGAUGUGAGGUUGGUGCAAUGAGGGGUCCAUCGUCAGACUCCGUUUCCCAUGAUAUCCCUCAACCACAGUCACCCCCUUCUGUGAAAAUACGGAAGACAGCUUUCAAAUUUUUUGGAGGUCGCAAAAGCAUAUGUGUUCUACCUAGCUUUUUUGGAGGCCGUGGCAGAAGUCAAAGAAAGGGGUCAUCAAAAACAGGAGUAACAAAAAGCCAGACAUAUGAUGGGGUGAGCCGAGCAUGCUGGGAUGAUUUGGGUAGAAGUAGCAGUGAAGUGGCAUCAGGGGACUUUGAGUUCUGCAGUGAACCUCAGAAAUCACAGGAGGAUCAUGGGAAGUCACAGUCUUUGCCUAGACAGCGCAGGGGCCUUCGAGGACUUUUCAGCAGCAUUCGGAGACACAGGAAAAACAAAAAUGUUGAAGUAGAAAAGCGGGAAGCACUUGAAAUGUCUUCAAGCUUCCAUGCCAAAACAGUGCCUGGUGCCCUGCCGAGUGUCAGUGACCGUGGCGAUUACCAUGGAGACAGUCAGGGUGAAGAGCUGGUGCCAGAUGUGCCUAAUCAAACCACAGGCAGUGAGUGUGAACUGCCUUUGGCUGCCACUGAAUGUACGAUAGAUGUAACACUAGUGCCUGAAAAAAGGAGGAGCAGAGUAGAGAUGGAUAAGAGGAGGAGAGCAGAAGAAGAGGGGAUUGGAGAAGAUGAGAAAACUGGCAGACAGGAAGGACUGAUGACAUAUCAUCAACCCUUGUCUGCUGAGUCUGAAUUGGAUCGUUUGGCUGAGCAAAAUGUGGACGUUCCUGAUGGAGAGCCACCUGUUGCAUCCUGCUCCUCUGAGAACUUAGUCUUUGGUGAUGUGUCAUCAUUAAAGAGCUUUGAUUCGCUGACCGGUUGUGGAGAUAUCAUUGCAGACCAGGAUGAUGUCAGUGUCGCCGAGAGCUCAGUGUCUGCUGACAGAGGCAGUCGAAAUGCAGGAAAACGUAGCUCAUGUUUUGUCACAUAUCAAGGUGGGGGGGAAGAGAUGGCAACCCCGGAUGAGAUAGACGCGGAUUACUUGCAGAGCUUAUGGGAGUCAGAAACUAGUAAUGAAGUCUGCUACAUCCCCUCAGAUAGGGGCUCAGAUAGCCCUUCACUCACCCCUGAUCAGCAACUGAGCUCUAUCCGUGCCACCUCCAGCAGCAGCCCAAUGGGAAUCACAGAAACUGCUCUCACUCCUGCCGACCUCUUGAGUCCACAGAGUGAUCGGCAGGAGUCGGUACCCAACAGUGACGAGGGUUACUAUGACUCCACCACGCCAGGGAUGGAAGAGGAGAGUAGAGAACGUCCACACCAGGAAAGGCUUCCACGGGACAGCUACAGUGGUGAUGCCCUUUAUGAACUUUUUGAGCCUGACGAUCGCCUGCUCAGUCCUUCUCUUCCUCCCAAGGAUGCCCACUCAUUUGUUGGUGCACCCUUGCAGGCUGAUAAGAGUCCAACAAACCCGCUAUACUCCUUGGCAUCUACUGCAAUAGAAACAGGAGCCAUGGAGACAGAGGAGGAGCGCCUGAGCAAGAUCCAACAUGCCCUUCUGUGCUGUGAGCUUCAGAAUCUCAGGAGUCCAUCCAAAAACCAGCUUUUGUUCCAUUCCGACUGCUUUUAUGAUGAUUCGAACCUUCCAGUUGAUGAUAGUAAGCAAGAUUUGCAAGAAGUUAUCAAUCAGCGCUAUCCCCAAUCCCCACCAAGAUCCCAGGCUGUUAAAGAGGGAGUCCCUCGCAUCAGGGGUCAGGUUCAAGAGAGUUCGUUAUUCGCACCCUGUGCUGAUUCGGUGUUGAAUCCACAAGUCAUCGAGACAACCAGACCGCAGCCUCAAUCUGACGAUCAAGGCUCAUUACGACCCUCCAGAGGCUGCAGCCAAUCCCAAGAAGAGCUGAUGGUCUGUUUCUCCCAAGCCUUGGUAGAUUUUACAAAGAACACCCGGCUUUACCGCAAUUCAACUGAAAGUCUUGAUGGCUCUGAGUCAAGUUCUCCCUUUGGCCCAAGUCUGAGAGCCCUGCCUGCCAUUGUAACAUUCGAUGUGGUUGAUAUGGAGAAUGAGGGUGAGUGUGAGCAGCAGACUGACCUUGCAGAGGAAGAGGAAGAGUUGGCAUCUCCUUAUGAGCCAUUCGAAGAUGAUGGCUGUUACCUUCAACAAGAUGCCUUUGCUGAGUGUGACCAGCGUACUUUUGAUGCUUAUGAACAGAGUCUGCUGCUCAGCAAUGCUUGGGGAAUUGCAAGCCUUCCUCGGCACCUCAGUUUGGGUCGACCUUGUCCACCAGUCCCUGCCCCUUUAGCACUAAAUCGCCGAAGUCGCUCACUUGACACAGACAGUCUGGAGUUUCAGACAAGUGAAAUUUACACAAGCGUAACCAAGUAUGACUCAAAAGGCACUGCAUUUUCACAGAGCAGGACUGUUGAUUGUAAUGAUAUGGAUUUUCCACGACAACCCUGCAGAAUUACGGUUGACAGCUGGAGGAGGGGCUACAGACAGAAUUUUGAUUCCAGCAAUGCUUCUCAGCAAGAACUGAAGUUGCCACAUUUGAGCCAAUCCACUGUCAGACCUUCACACCUGCCCCUAAAGAACAAUUGCCGUAGUCGUAACCUCCCUGCUGCCACUAGAGUGGAUGGUGAGGGGGAGAUUUUAUUUGGUGGAGGCGAUGCGCUUUAUCCGUGCAGUUACCCCCCUAUGGGCACACAGUGGAAGAAUCGGCCUGUCGGGGUCACCCAGGGUGUGCCACAUCUUCGCUCUGAGCAAUCUGCAGACCAUCAAGAAAUCACAAUGAAGAACAGGAGGGGGGAACUUAAGGGUGGCUUCACGCCUGCACCCCCCAAGUUAUGAACAAUAUUCCCCCACUCAAAAUGAAACCGUAAUACAAAUAGACAAGUCUCGUCACCAAAGACGAUGCUGGAUGUUUACUGACACUCUUGAAUUGUAUGGCACUCUCACACAUACACACUAUAGUUGCUGUUACUGCCGGAUAAGCUAUUGUAUUCUUUUGUGAGGUAUUGUGUAGUUUUUUGAGCUGUUUUAGUUUCUGUGAGUUUAAGAGGAUGUGCAUUUGUACAUUGUGUGUUACAACAGUUUUCAGCAGGUGCUGUCUAUAUAUAGAUGCCAUAUUGCUUUGCAUUUAUGUAGCCAGGAAUUGCCAUUGAAAUUGAUCCAUAUUGUUCAGAUGUUUUUUUUUUUAUAUAUUUGCAAAGAGGACAACAACGACACUAUAAAUGACUUAUUUUAGAGUAAGUAUUAAACCCUGCAAUAGCAUUAAAACCAAUACAAUCUUGCAAGCCUAUUCAAACAUCAAGCUUAGUUUGAACUGAUGAACAAAUUCUUUUUUAAUACAAGUUAUUUUUUUCAAUUUCACAAUAUGCUGUAUGUUUCAAGCUAUCAAUGUUUGCAUCUUGAAACGUUUUAAAGGGUACCUAUUUUACCCCUUUUACAAGAUAUAAGCUAAGUCAUUGGUGUCUCCAGAAUGUGUCCGUUUUAGCUCAAAAUACCCAUCAGAUUAUUUAUUAUAGCCUCCAGAAUUUGCCCAUUGCAGGGUUUGAAUAUGCUGUAGCUGUUAUUGUAGCCUUUGGCUUUAAAUCCAAAUGAGCUGCUUCUCCCCGCCCACCACUUCCACAUGCGUGUCUGCUUCUCAUCAUGCGUUACGUCAGAUAAACAGCAGUCAGUGAUAGAGACAGACUCGGAUGAAGCUGAAAUACAGCUCAUUAGUCAAAAAUUGAAUUUAUUCAAACCUUUCUGAAAUGAUGAGCCUCACACCUAUGCUAGUUGCUGUAAACACCCAUACACAUUUUCUGACACCAUAUGGCCGUGUUGAUUAUAGUGGUUAAGAUUACAUAGCGAUUGUACUCGCUUUAUAACAAACAAGCUCUUUUAUAAAUGUUUAAACUUCUAAAACUUAUUGAAAUCACAGAGAGUUGGAACAUAUAUUUUAAAUAGUUUAUUUGCAAAAAAAUCUGCACGUGUUAAGUUGUUAUAGAAACAUGGCGCCUGUCAAUCAGUUUGGUGGGCGGGGAAAACCUCACUUCUACGUCACGUUGUUGUGUGGGCCUCAAAAUCACUGGGAUUUGGUCCUGUUUUAACAUCAGGAAAUUUGAAAAAAGACACUUGUUGUGUUUAUAACACUCCAAUAUGACAGUUGACACACUAUACAUUCACAAAGUUCUGUCCAGACAGCUUAAAAAUGUAGAUUUUCUUCAUAGGUGCCCUUUAAAACAUGUUGUUUAGUGUCACACUACACUAGUGUCAGUUGUUUUUAUUGUCAUUUGUUAUUUCGGCACAGCACACACUAUAUUAAAAGGACAGUUCACCCAAAAAAAUGUACUUGCGCUCAAGUGGUUCCAAAUCAAAUUUUCAGUACAUUUUUAAAAAGCUGAAAACUUGUAACAAUCAACUUCUAUAACAGUGGUUCUCAAAUUUUUUUCAUCAAGUACCACCUCAGAAAAAAAUUGUCUCUCCAAGUACCCCCAAAAUGAGCAGUAUUGAAAUACAGUAGUGUAUUAGGCCCAGUAAAGCAGCUACAACUCUGCACAGUUAAAAAAAACAUGGCACAUUACCUCAGAAAUAGGCUAUAUGUCAUAUAUGGCAUACUAUAUACAUCAUUUUUGAUAAAUUUUGAAAUAUAUGUAGCAUGUACAUGCCAUAUUUCAUUCCUCCGCGUACCACUAGAAGGAAGCCCGCGUACAGUUUGAGAACCACUGUUCUAUAGGAUUUGUUUUUCCUAAUAUGCAAGUUAGUUGUUACAGGUUUUCAGCUUCUUCAAAAUUUCUUCUUUUGUGUUAAACAGAAGAAAGAAACUUCUAUGGUUUGGAACCACGUGAGGGUGAGUAAAUAGUAAAUAAUUUUUUUAGGUGAACUAACCCUUUAAUGGAAAAAAUGCCUGUUAAAUCACAUUUGCCAUAUUCAGUGGCAUUUUAACCAACACCAGUGUUGCACAUCUGUACACUGUAUUUACUAAAGACUCCAGCAACUGUCUAGAUUCUGGAUGAGUUCAUUUGCUGCUAAACAUGAUUGUUUUGGAGUACUCCAGUACAUAAUGUAUUAACGUGUAAUGUAAGCACAUUUGAGUACUCUCUGCAUACAUCCAAGUCAGUUCUGGCUUAAAGUCUUCAGCAAAUAUGAUCCAUGUAGUUGAUAAUCAAAGGGUACUAUCUUGAGUCAUCUGAGACGGAAUGUCAGUAAAGCCUUUAAUGACGUUAUGUGAUUGUUCUCUGCUGUUGUACUACAGUCACGAUCAUCUACCCUCAUCUGAAUGCCAAAGUCAGCUUAAUGCACUUACCAUUUUUAGUCAGUGCUUAUAUUCAGCUCUUAACAAUGAAUCGACCUUUGCGUUUCCAUGCAGAUGAAUGUAGUGCUGUUCAUUGUUUCCUUCUUUUGUUUGGUACAUUUGUGUGAUUGAAAAUGAAUGUCUUUCCCUGCUUUUUGGACCGACAUAAGUCAAAUCAGAAAGCUAAAAUAAUAUCUGGUGGUCAUUUAAUACACGUGGAUGUACAUACACAAGGAAUGUUAGAAGUCUUGGCAUUCAUUUGAGUCUUGAGCACAUCCCUAUGGCACCACUGCCACAAUCUGUUUCUACAUUAGGAUUUGAACGAUGACUGGAAAUAAACCUUUGCGACAUCA